AAGUCCAUAACCCGACCAUUAUCCUUUAGCUUGAAACUUGAAAGACAUACGGGCCUACGGAUAGCGAAGAAGAAGAAGAAACAGAGGAAUGAUGCAGUUGCAGAAUACGAAACUACUGUACCCACCUCGUUUCUUCUCCUUCUUCAACCGUCAAUGGAUAAAACCCGCCAUUUUUACACUCCGAGCUUUCUCCGUUGCUUCCGACCACUCCAACCAGUCUCGCGGCGGUCUCCCUCGCUUCUUCUCCGAAACCCUUCCUUCUUCCAAGGGUGGUGUUGUACGUGUUCAAGGAGAUGAAGUUUGGCAUAUGACUAAAGUUCUCAGAUUGAACGUAAAAGAUAGGAUAGAACUCUUCAAUGGUAAAGGCGGUUUGGUAGAGGGUUCUAUAGAGAGAGUUGAUCGCACGGGAAUUGAUUUUGUUGCCACUAAGGAUCGAAUAGUAGUACAUCCUCAUGAACCACAAUGGGAUGUAUAUGCAGCGUUUGGUACAUUGAAGGGUGGCAGGGCUGACUGGCUUGUAGAGAAGUGCACAGAGCUGGGAGCCAGUAGUGUAACCCCACUUUUGACAGGACGUUCUCCUUCAAUAUCAGAAAAUCGGGUUGACAGGUUGCAGAGAGUUAUUGUAGCUGCAACCAAACAAUGUCAAAGAUUGCAUGAAAUGGUCCUUAAUCCCCCAAUGGAUGUUGGCAGCAUUUUACCUAUUGUUGCACAGUCAAAAUUAUGUUUUGUUGCUGCAGCAGAAGCUACUCCUAUCAUCAGUACAUUGACAUCAUCAACAAAAGAAUCCAGGGGUUCGCUUAUAAUUGGACCAGAAGGGGACUUCACUGAAGAAGAAAUAAAACGAAUCACGGAAGCCGGUGCCACUGCAGUAGGGCUUGGGCCACAUCGCUUGCGGGUUGAAACUGCUACAAUAGCACUCCUGUCUACACUGAUGAUGUGGUCUGAUUCUUAAGGAUGAAAUAAUUUGAGAAAUUAAAGAUUUUCAUAAAAUUGCAUGAGAAGCAGGGGGGAAAUGGUUAACCACUACUCCUGUUUUGUUUUUGUUUAUAUUUAGCAAACUAAUUACAUUAUUAUGCAUUGAUAUUUGAGGUCAUGUUCCGUCGCU